CCUAGUGCAGAACCCCUAGUGCCGAACUCCCCAGUGCCGAACCCCCAGCGCCCCCGCCCCCCAGGCCGUGACCCAGCGGCGGGCCCUUUAAGACAGCAACGAGUUCCGCCCACCGCUUCGCUGAUGAGCGUCCUCACCACCCAAUGGCGUCAGCGCGGUGGGCGGUGCGGAGCCAAUAGGAGCGGCGGGGCGGGGCCGGCGGCCGCGGGUUCGCGGGCCAGGUUGCUCCGCCGCGAUGGCCUCCAGCGGGGAGGAGCCCAGGAGCGGCUCCCCUUGCCGGGCAGGCACCGGCACCCAGCCGCCACCCACGGCCGACGGCGCCCAGCUGGACGCGGCCGAGGACUUCGAGGUCCUGGAGGAGGAGGAGGAUGAGGAUCUGAGCGAGCUGCCGCCGCUGGAGGCCGUGGGCCAGCCACCGGCCCCGCCGCGGGGGGACACCCACCCCCCGGGCACUGGGGAAGCGGCUGAGGACCCCCAGGAGUGGCUGGAUGUUCUGGGCAGCGGCUUGCUCAAGAAGAAGACGCUGGUGCCGGGCCAGGGGGUGGACACGCGUCCCCACAAGGGCCAGGACGUGACUGUCCGCCUGAGGGCCGCGCUGGAGGAUGGCACUGUGGUGGAGGAGAACCCUGCCCUCACCUUCACGCUGGGGGACUGCGAUGUCUUGCAGGCUUUGGACCUGUGUGUGCAGCUCCUGGAAAUGGGGGAGACUGCUUUGAUCGUGUCAGAUGCAAAGUACUGCUAUGGCGCUCAGGGCAGGAGCCCUGACAUCCCUCCCAACGCAGCCCUCACCCUGGAGGUGGAGUUGCUGGCUGCUCGGGACACACCGGACCUGGAGCUGCUCAGCGGGAAGGAGAAGAUAGAGCUGGCCAACCGUAAGCGGGAGCGUGGCAACUUCUUCUACCAGCAGGCAGAUUAUGUGCUGGCCAUCAACUCCUAUGACAUCGCUCUCAAGAUCAUCAGCUCCAGCUCGAAAGUUGAUUUCAGCCCAGACGAGGAAGCUGAGCUGCUGGAUGUGAAAGUGAAAUGUCUCAACAACCUGGCAGCCUCUCAGCUUAAAUUGGACCAUUAUGAAGCAGCCCUGAAAUCCUGUAACCUCGUCCUGGAGCACCAGCCAGGGAACAUCAAGGCGCUCUUCCGAAAGGGCAAGGUCCUGGCUCAGCAGGGCGAGUAUAGAGAGGCCAUCCCCAUCUUAAAGGCAGCGUUGAAGCUGGAGCCUUCAAACAAGACCAUCCAUGCUGAGCUCUCCAAGCUGGUGAAGAAGCACGCGGACCAGAAGAACGUGGAGACAGAGAUGUACAGGAAGAUGCUCGGGAGUCCCAGCGCUGCUGGCACCCCGGGGAAGUGCAAAGACAAGCUGCCCUGGUCCAUCCCCUGGAAGUGGCUCUUCGGUGCAACAGCCAUUGCACUCGGUGGCGUGGCCUUGUCUGUGGUCAUCGCGGCGAGGAACUAAGGAUGGCGGCAGGGUGGCCCCAUGGCACUGGACCUGUGCCAGGAUGUGUCUCUCUUCUGCCAAGGGGCUUCCCUGGGGCUCCGCUGACCCCUUCCCGUGGACUUGCAGUUGCAGAAAUGUUGAUGCUUUCUCUGCUGGAGGUGCUGGAUCCCCCUCCCAAUGUCCCCCCGCAUCCCUCCUGGCGCAGGCAGGGCACAGCUGUGGGGAUGGAGCCGCAGGCAGAGCAGAGACCCCUGAGCACCCUCCCAGCAAUCAGGGGCUCAGCCCCCAGCCCCAACUGUGUCAGGGGGAGCAGGAGCUCCUGCACACUGGUAUGCUGUGGCUGUCCCUGGCCCGGUGAGCCCUGGCGGAUGCCGUGAUCUUGGCAAGACGGGCAGGGGGAGGCACGUGGAAGGAAGCCACGUGGGAAUGAGUGGGUACAGUGGUUUCUGCGGCUAGGCCCAGCUGCGGGAAGUGGUGCGGAUGUGCCCGGGGGGCACGUGCAGUGAGACUCAGUGUGUCCUGGGGGGCUGCCAGCUGCUCAGCCCCCCUGCAGGCACCCACUCCCCUCCUCAGCACUUCCCUGGAGCGUGCAAUGUCUAAAGGAAUCCAAAGAAACCUGCGGCGGGAGGCAUGUGGGAGGGGAGCACUGGAGACCUUCUCUCCAGGCUGUAUCAUGUAGGUCCAAGCUCUUGGGGCUCCCUCUUUGCCCUUCAGCUCUCUCCGGCCUGGGGCCACCCCCAGGGCCUGCCGUUGCCCCAGUCUCAGCUCUGCUCCUGGCGGGGGCGUGUAGCGCUCUCCUCCCAUGACAAACUGACUGUGAACUUCCCAAAUAAAGGACAAUUCCUUCA